CAUACUCUCCUUGAGACACAGCAUGGAUUUGGAUACUACUACUUAUUGUGUCCAAAUUUUUGCUGCAAUUUUAGCUUUGUUAAUCUUAUACUUCACCAUAAGUUCCAUUAGAUCACAUAACAAUAGUGGAUCCAAAAAAAGAAAUAUCAAAACCAAAGUUCCUGAAAUACCAGGUGGUUUACCCAUCAUAGGUCACCUUCAUCUUCUCAAUGAUAAAAUCCCUUAUUUUAGAACCUUCUCAGCCAUGGCUGAAAAAUACGGCUCAAUCUUUGCUCUCCGGCUCGGCUGCCACCCGACAAUCAUGGUGAGCAGCGCAGAGCUCGCCAAGGAAUGCCUCACAACGAAAGACAGAGUCUUCGCCUCGCGGCCGGACACGGCCGGAGGCAGAUUCCUUGGCUAUGACAAUGCCAUUUUUGGUCUCGCGCCAUACGGACAGUACUGGCGCGAGAUCAGAAAAAUCGCGACGCUCGAGCUUCUCUCGAGUUACAGGCUUGAGAAGCUGAAACACGUCAGAGACAGAGAGAUUUACACUCUUGUCAAAGAUUUGUUCAGUUUUUGUAACUGGCAGGGGAACUCGAAUAAGUUAGUUAGUGUAACCAUAAGUGAUUUAAUAGAGCACAUGACGUUUAACAUUAAUGUGCAGAUGAUAGCAGGGAAAAGGUUCAGUGAUGAAGCGAUUAAGGAAGAAAAUAGUGAAGGAUGGAGAUUAAGGAAAGCGAUUAGAGAUGCUACUUAUCUUUUUGGUGUUUUUGUUGUAGCUGAUGCGAUUCCAUGGCUUGGUUGGUUUGAUUUUCAAGGGUAUGUGGGUUUUAUGAAGAGAACUGCUAAGGAAUUGGACUCUAUUCUUCAUAGGUGGAUGGAUGAUCAUAUGAGAAAAAGAGGUGAUGAUGAGAAUGGUAAUAAAUCUGAGAAUGAUUUCUUGGAUGUACUAAUUUCAGCAUUUGAAGAAAAUGAUGAGAUUUAUGGCCAUAAGAGGGACAUAGUUCUCAAAGCAACAACAAUGAUGCUUGUCCUAACUGGAUCAGGAAGCACAGCCAUGACAUUAACAUGGUCACUUUCCUUGCUCUUAAACCACCCAAACACCAUGAAAGCUGCCAAAGAAGAGUUAGAUACCGUCAUUGGAAAACACAAAUGGGUCCAAGAAUCGGAUAUCAAAGACCUCAAAUACCUCCAAGCCAUUGUCAAAGAGACUCUUCGCCUCUACCCACCGGCACCCUUAACCGGAAUCAGGGAAGCCACAGAAGACUGCUAUCUAAACGGUUACUAUGUCUCAAAGGGCACUCGCUUGUUCAUCAAUCUUUGGAAGCUCCAUAGGGAUCCCAAAACAUGGUCUAAUCCUGAUGCUUUUGAGCCUGAGAGGUUCCUUAACGCUUGUUCGGGGAUGGAUUUUCGCGGUCAGGACUUCGAGUUUAUACCGUUCAGCUCCGGAAGAAGGUCGUGCCCUGGCAUGACGUUUGGAAUGCAAGUUGUGCAUCUGACAUUGGCGAGGUUGAUUCAGGGUUUCGAUAUGUCAACAAAGAGUGGUGCUGAAGUUGAUAUGAGUGAAGGGUUAGGUGUGGCCUUGCCUAAGAAACAUGCCCUUGAUAUUGUUCUCAAACCUCGUCUUCCUUUGGAGCUAUAUGAAGGCCUUUGAAUACAUGUAUGGGAAGUAGAGAAAUAAUUGGACACAAUUAUGUAUCACAGAAAAGGUGACUAUGAAUAUUUCUAAAUGUUCAAGUGUAUGUGUUAGGCAUAUGAAGUUAGAUAUUUGCCUCUUGUUACAAUUGUAGUCUUGUAUAUGUAAGAAGAUAAGGGGUGCAGGAGAAUAAUGAGGUCACUUGGGAAAUAAAUGGUAGUGGUAUUACUGUAUUAGUGUAUUUACUCUUACUAGUAUCAAUAAAGGACAAAAGUAUCUUGUUGCUUACUGC